CAGACUAAAGACCGGAAGUUGUCCCGGAGCGGAUGUAAACAGUUAACGAUUAACAGACAUUGUUAGCUCCAUAUAUUUCCAGCAUGUCUUCAGUUCAGCAUCUGAGAGACUUCAUCAGCGAGCGGCUAACUGCUGCUGCUGAGGAGAUCUUCGGAGUGUUUGAGAGAACCAUCGUCCAGUACGAAGAAGAGAUGGACCGUCAGCGCAGACUGCUGGAUGUCACCUGGAAACCGCAGGUCCACCUGGACAGGACAGAACUUCUGCACCAUUUCCUCAGAAAGGAAGAAGAGGAUAUUCCUGCAGACCAGCAGCUUUGGAACCAGGAGCGGAAGUCUGAUUUGGACCAGGAGGAACCAGAUCCUCCACGGAUUAAAGAGGAACACGAGGAUCUCUGCUUCAUCCAAGCUGAAGAGCAGCAGGACGCUAAUACCUCAAUGGCAACUUCUGCUUAUCAACUCAUUUCCAAACAUGAAGCAGAACCAAACGGGAACCACCUCCACCUUGGGAACCUCUCUGAGUCAGAGAGGCAAGACCCGGUGGGAAACUGCAAUGAAAACUCAGAAUCAACAAGAAAUCCAGAGCUAAAGCCGAAGAAGAGACUGAGCAGAAACAGGAGGCAGGCUGGGUUCUGGAGCAGUCAGGACGAAGAUCAGUCCGCCCUGACGAAUGAAACGAGUUAUUUUAUGGCUUCAGGUCAUGAGGACAGAGACCCAAAGAACAACCCGCUCAUCCCACUCAGCUUUCCUGCAGCUGAAAUUCGAGAUCAGGAUGAAAGCUGGAAAAAAGGCUUUGGAACUAAGGAGCUGAAGCCCAAGGAGAGACGGAUCAGAAGGAGAACCAGCAGUAACCGUGUGGUUGAAAGUGAAUGUCUCAGACCAGUUUCAUGUGACAUCUGUGGAAAAGCCUUCAGGUGUAAUUCAGACAUGAGGGUCCACUACCGCGUCCACACAGGAGAGAAGCCCUUUUCCUGUGAAAUCUGUCAGAGAGCGUUCAGCUUCAAGGUGAACAUGUCCGUCCACAUGAGGACUCACACGGGUGAGAAGCCCUACUCCUGUAAGAUCUGUGAAAAAAGGUUCUCCGAUCAUUCCUCGCUCAGAAAGCACAUCUACGUUCACACGGGCGAGAGGCCGUACUCCUGCGCCGUGUGCGGCAAACGCUUCAGUCGCAGCAGCCACAGGUGGCGGCACGUCAGGCUGCACGCCACAGAGACGCAGUCGUCCUGAAAGGCCUGGAGGUGGCCUGGACCCAUCAGAAAGUUCUUCUCGGUUGAUGCUCGUUGCUCUGAGGAAAGCAGCUCAAUCACGGUCCAAUCAUUUUAUCCCCACCAUUCUACCAGAACAUUUAUUUUUAACAAAUGUUUUCUAGGUUUUUGAGAAAUUGAUUUAACAAGGGUUGGCUGGACUGGACUUUAUUUCCUAAAAAGCAACAGAAACAUUUGAACUAAUUAAGGAAACCAGCCAACUUCCUGAAAGUUUUGAGGAAAAAUGACAGAUUUUAGAACAGAUGUCAGUUAAAAGUUUCCUCCACUCCGGAUCUGCAUGGAGGUCGCAGUCAUUCCAGUCUUUGGAUGAUUUAUUAGCACCAGGAAGGAAUGAGGAAGCUGCAAACAGCUGCAUUGAUUUUUCACAACAACUUGGUGCACAAGUUUGGAUUUCUGCAGAUUAUACAUCCAGGCUCAGAUAUUUACAUACAACCCGUCGUCUUCAGUUAAAGGAAAGUUGCCACAGACUUUCUGCCUCCAUUAGGUAGAUUCUGGCUGACAUCGGACCACUCUGCUGGGAUGAACUGGUGCACUUCAUCUAAACUGGUUGGUUUCCUGGACCCAGAUGUAAUCAUAGUGCAUCAGAUUGUCCUGAGGUUGAAGGUUUGUGAAGACAACUCCAGAAAUAUAAUGUUGGCCUGCUCCAUCCAUUCCAGAACCAGUUUAAAUGUGUUUUGCGAUCAAUGUCCUUUCAGAACACCCAACUUGGUCCAACUUUCAAGCAUCUUGACACAAACCAUCUCCUUUAAAUGAAAAGAAAUUGGUCGGGAGGUUCAGAAACAACCGAGGCUAAAAUGUUGGAUAACCAGUGUGACUGUCCAUCGUGAAGCAAGUUAACCAUCGACAUGGACAGAAAGAUGCUCCUGGUCCAGAAUCAACAUCUUCAAGUUGAUUUAAAAUCUGCAGCUGUCCACAGGGACGACACAAAGGUUGAGCUGUUUGGACGCAGUGGCAAGAAGGAUGUUUAAUGGAGUCAUGGUGAGGCUUUCAGACCAGAGGACACUGUGGCAACUGUCAAGUACGGUGGUGGCGCCAUCAUACUGUGGGGCUGGUUCACUGCCAGUGGUAGCAGAGAGUUGCACAAAGAGGAAGGAGGUCUAUGUCCAAAUUCUCCAACAGGAUAAUGAUCCCAAACACAGAUCCAACUGGUUCUGGAGUGGAUAAAGCAGGCUAACAUUAAGGUUCUAGAAUGGUCUUCCCAAAGGUUCCACCUCAGUCUCAAUGGAUAUUUAUGGACCAGCAUUAAGCCCGGUCGGUGCAGGAAACCAACAAAUUUUAAUUAACACUACCGGAAGCGGCGGCUCAACGAACACCAAAUAUCAGUGGAGGUGUAUGAAUAUAUUUGAACUUGUAUUGAUCAACAAGUUUCUGAAUCCAGUUGCUGGUAAAAAUCUCUGCACCUGUAUGUUUUAUCAUCAGAACCGUUGAAAUAAUGCAGUAAAAGUCUGAAUCUGAGGAGAGGAGCUGGGAUCUGUUUCUGUACUUAAUGUUCUGCAUUUUAUCUUCUUUAAAAUGUGCAGUGUAAUAAUUAAACACUGAGUUAGGAUGAGGAAGUGCAUGUUACAAGUUGUAGUUUUAUAUUUUCUACAUUUUGUAUUUAACUCAAGGACUCCAGAUGGAAAUUAAAGGCAAACUGCUGCUUCUCCUGCAGAUUCAUGUACCUGUUUCAUGGUUCUGGAAUAAACCUGAACUUUCUGCUG